AUAGUUUAUCCUGUCACCUAUCAUCCUAUUCCAUCUUCUCUAAGUUGAUUUUCCAACUCCUUUUGUCACUCACUUCUGAACAUUAGUUUUGUUUCAGCAAUGGGAGAUGAGGUGAUUCUGUUGAAUUUCUGGUUAAGCCCUUACGGGAUGAGGGUCCAGAUUGCACUAGAGGAAAAGGGCAUCAAGUAUGAGAAGAGAGAAGAGGACUUAAGCAACAAGAGCUCUUUACUCCUCCAAAUGAACCCAGUUCAUAAGAAAAUACCAGUUCUCAUCCACAAUAGCAAACCCAUUUGUGAGUCACUGAUUGCUGUUGAGUACAUUGACGAGGUUUGGAAUGAACAAUCUCCCUUGUUGCCUUCUAAUCCUUACCAGAGAGCACAAGCAAGAUUCUGGGCUAACUAUGUUGACACUCUGGUAUAUAAGCAUGCCACAAGGUUUUGGACAACUGAAGGAGAAGAGAGAGAGGCUGCUGGGCAAGAAUUUUUGGAGAGUCUGAAGUUAUUGGAAGAACAACUUGGGGAUGAGCCUCAUUUUGGUGGAAAUAACUUUGGUUUCGUGGAUGUUGCACUUGUUCCUUUGUUCUGUUAUUUUUAUACUUUUAGCUUAUAUGGCAAUUUCAUCAGCGAGGCACAGUACCCCAAAAUCAUUUCUUGGGCCAGGAGGUGCAUCCAAAGAGAGAGUGUGUCCAAAAGUUUUCCCCAGGAGCAGAUGGUCAAAGAGUAUAUUUCCCAGAAGAGAAACAAAGGGUAGAGUAUUGUCAGGGUUGCCAAAGAGCCUGCUGUUUCCCAGAAAUGAAACAGAGGCUAUGUGUGUUGUGUCUUCUGAAUAAAGGAAUUACUGAGAUGCAUCUUUGGUUUUGCUGCUUAUGUUCUUGUUAAUGGAUAUUUAUGAUUGAAUAACAGCCCGUGGAUGUUUAUAAAUCAUGAUAUUGAUUUGCGUGUCAAAGAUAUAUGAUUUCUUUAGGCAUAAAUUACGGACAGAAAAAUUAUGUGCACAAAGUCACAACAAAUUUCGUGAAGACAGCU